AUGAUCAAUAAAAGAUUAUUUAAUUUAUCAACAAUAUAUUCAAAUUCAUCUACUUUUUCAUUAAAUAAUUUACAAAAUUAUUUACCAAGAUUAGAUUCAAAUUCAAAAUCAAAAUCACUGAAGAAAAGUCAAAUUGAAAAAUCUAAUGUAUUAAAAUCAACUACAACUACUGUAGAAGAUGUAUUGUCUACACCAUCUGCACCAACAACCAAAUCAAAAAUUAAAACAUCUAAAAAAAAUUUAAAACAAUCAACUAAAUCAUUAUAUAAAAGAUCAACUCAUCCAACAUCAGUUCCACUUUCAAAAAUAUUUAAUAAUAAUUUCCCAUUAAGUAUAUCUGAAUCAAUAGAACAUUAUAAAUUAAGAAAUAAUCCAUUAUAUUUCCAAAAUGAAUUAUUAUCAACAUUACCAUUUUUCCCCAAUAUUGAUAAAUUAGGUAGAACUUCAAAAAUUUUAAAAAUCCCCAUAGAUAAUAAUGGAAAUUAUAUAAAUGAAUUUGUUAUAUAUCCUCCAGGUAAAUCUGAAAUUGAUCUGCCCAACUUAAAACAUUUAUUAAUGAUUCAUGGUUAUGGAGCAGGAUUAGGAUUUUUUUUAAAAAAUUUUAAUAAAUUAUCAACAAGAAAUGAUUGGUGUAUUCAUGCAAUUGAUUUAUUUGGUUAUGGUUCAAGUUCAAGACCUCAUUUUUAUCCAACCACUUUGGGUGAAGUUGAAGAUUGGUUUUUUAAUUCUUAUGACUCAUGGUUUAAACAAAGAAAUAUUCCAAAAUCAAAUUUAUUAAUAAUGGCUCAUUCAAUGGGUGCUUAUCUUAUGGCGUUGUAUGGUAUAAAAAGAGAUCCUUUUUUUUGUAAUAAAAUAUUAAUGGUUUCACCAGGUGCAAUAUUAAAACAUAGAAAACAAAUUCCAAUACCUGGAUAUUUUAAAAAACUAUGGGAAAGAAAUAUAUCACCUUUUUCAUUAGUUAGAAAAUCAGGUAUAUUAGGUUCAAAAUUAGUAAGUGGUUGGUCUUUUAGAAGAUUUGCAAAAUUAUCGGAUUUAGAAAAAAAUUUAUUACAUAAAUAUUCUUAUGGAAUAUUUUCGUCAAAUGGUUCUGGAGAAUAUAUGUUAAAUUUUUUAUUAGCUCCAGGAGCAAAUGCAAGAUAUCCAUUAAUUGAAUCUGGUGUUCAUAAAUUAAAUUGUAAAAUUUCUUGGUGGUAUGGAGAUGGUGAUUGGAUGGAUAAAAAAGGAGGAGAAUUAUGUUCAAAUAUUAUAAAUAAUUUAGGUAAAGUAAAAAAAAGUGAUGUUAAAAUUAUAAAAAAUAGUGGUCAUCAUAUUUAUCUUGAUAAUAUUAAUGAAUUUAAUAAAGAAGUAUUAAAAGAAAUGGAUAAUUUUAAAAUAGAAUAG